AUGAGUACACGCACCAACCCCAACAUCGUGGUCACGGGUACCCCGGGUACAGGCAAGACCACACAUUUGAAGGACAAAGAAUGCCACGAAGGUUGGGACGAUGAGUUCCAAAGCUGGAUUGUCGACGAGGACAAGUUAUUGGAUGAGCUCGAGAAGGAGGUGGCAGACGGGGGCUGUAUUCUCGACUGGCAUGCCUGUGACCUUUUCCCACAGCGCUGGAUCGACCUAGUUGUCGUCCUUCGCACAGACAGCACCACACUCUACGACCGUCUCACUGCACGCAACUACCCAGACGCCAAGCUCCAAGAGAACAUGGACACGGAGAUUAUGGAGGUCCUAUUGCAGGAGGCCAAAGACAGCUACGACGAGGAGAUUGUGGUAGAAUUGAGGAGCGAUGAAACGGAGGAGAUGGAUGCGAACGUGGAGCGGAUUGAGGCGUGGGUGAAGCAAUGGAAAGAGGACCAUAAAGGCAAUGCGCCGGCCCAGACUUAA